CCCAGCCACUCUUCCGCUAAAAGAUAUUAGCGAUUGCUCCCACCAAUCAAGUAAAAGAAAAAAGCCUUAACCCUUCGAGCCGCACCUCAAGACGCACAGGGAUGAAAUUAAGCACGUAGAGAUCAGAUCCACUUCUGCGACAGGUAAAAUCCCCGCAUAGUCUUUCUUAGGGAUCUACAAUCUCCUUUACUGCUUAAGGGGGGCGUCAUAUCCCCGGACCACUCCUCGAUUACUCAGCCAAGAUUUUUUAGGAAGUGAUAUGACAAAUAGGAACGAUACCAACCAACGUUUUUCGCCUCUUCCCCUCCCGAAGCGCGGCAAAACCGAAAAAUUCACCGAUCGCCUCCCGAGAAAGUGGAGGGUCCGCGGCGGUUAGUCCAAUAAACUUCAUUCAGUGGAGAAAUUUCCGCGGUGCAACAGACAGAGCCCGGAUGUCGUGAUUGACGGCGUGCUGAGAUUUCGGGGCAAAAGAAAAGGAAGCUCAUGCCCACAUGAGCUUGUCUUCCUGUACAUUCUUUGUUUUUCUAUCCUGGGGGAUCAUCAUCUGGGGAAACGUCGACUAGUUGUUUAGUCUGGUUUUUUUUUCUCCAAUCUUUCGGAGAUCGACCACCUCGCUAGUUCACUCCUCGCCAGCCUAAAGAUGGAGAAGUCCACUUUGGCCUCGGACACUAUUCGUCCGGAUCCUGUCAAGGUCGAUGAGUAUGAUGCGACUCCCAAGGAGGAUCUUCAGCUCAAUGUCGGCGGUCGUGGUGCGACCCAGCGCCGCCUGCGAAACUAUCAGGUCACCAUGAUCGGUUUCUGCAGUGGCAUCGGCACUGGUCUGUUCAUCGGUACGGGAGCUGCCUACGCGAAGGCCGGUCCUGCGGGUCUGUUGCUCGCGUAUAUCAUCGUUGGUGCUGUUCUCUGGUGUGUGAUGCAGAGUAUCGCCGAGUUGGCGACUCUGCUGCCCACUGCUGGUUCGUUCCCUCACUGGGCGACGCGCUUCAUUGAUCCAUCUGUCGGUUUCUCUCUCGCUAUCUCUUACGGUUAUUGCUAUACGAUCGCCAUUGCCUCGGAAGUGUCAGCAGCAGCAGUUAUCGUCUCCUAUUGGACAGAUAUAACGCCCGCGGUCGUCAUCACGGUUGGCCUUGUACUGAUUUUGAUCAUCAAUCUGAUGAGUGUGCGCUUCUAUGGCGAAACUGAAGUCGUUGGAGGUGCCGUCAAGGUCCUUUGCUUCAUGGGUCUUGUGAUUGUGUCUAUCGUCAUCACCGCCGGCGGUGGUCCUAGCCACGAGACUAUCGGCUUCCGUUUCUGGAACAACCCAGGCCCCUGGACCGACUACAACGGCAUCACUGGUCCAACCGGCCAUUUCCUGGGCUUCCUGGCUUCCUUCGUCAAUGCCUCUUUCAGCUUCAUCGGUGUCGAAACCGUCGUGAUCACGGCUGCUGAGUCUGUCGACCCCCACCGGGCCAUUCCUAAGGCUGCCCGCCGCGUCACUUACCGGAUUGCCUUCUUCUAUAUCCUUGGCGCCCUUCUCAUCGGUAUCAUCGUGGACCCGCGCAACCCGUCUCUUACUUCUGGAUCCGGUAAUGCGAACAGCUCGCCUUUCGUUAUUGCGAUCAAGGAGGCUGGCAUUAACGCCUUGCCUUCCAUUGUGAACGCUUGUAUUCUCGUUUCCGCCUGGUCUGCCGGUAACUCGUACUGCUGGGUUGGAUCGCGCAUGAUUCUGGCUAUGACGACCGACCACCAGCUGCCUCAGAUCUUCGGUCGUGUGACCAAGAACGGAGUGCCUUAUGUUGCCGUGAUCGCAGCCUGGCUUUUCGGCCCUCUGGCUUAUCUGAGUCUUGGAAGUGGUGGCCCCGCGCAGGCCUUUACCUGGCUCCUCAACCUUAGCACCGUUGCCGGUUUGAUCGCCUGGGCUACUCUCUCGUUCUGCUACAUUCGCUUCCAUGCUGCUAUGAAGGCACAGGGUGUUUCUCGUGACUCGCUCCCUUGGAAGGGACCCCUUCAGCCAUAUGCCGCCUGGGUUGGCUUCAUUGGUUCUACCAUCAUCACCCUGGUUGCUGGCUUCCCUGUCUUCUUAAAGGGUAAUUGGAACACGUCUGACUUUGUUGCGUCGUACGUUGGCAUUCCUAUCUUCAUUGUGCCAAUCAUUGCCUGGAAGCUGUGGCACCGCACCAAGUAUCAACGCGCUGCCACCAUCGAUCUUUGGUCAGGCCGUCUCCAAGAUGGAGAGAUCAUGCCUCACCGGAACCCGCGUAACACCGCCUGGGGGCGGUUCGUCGACUGGCUUGUGUAAAUCACCUGGAUUAUGUAUAUAAUAUAGUAUCGUGCAUUUUGCAUAUCUUCUAGAACGCGAUUUUUCGAAUGUACACAUUUUAAUUUCAUUGCUUCCAUACCCUGGAAUCCGCUUCAUCAGAUUGUACAGGCCACUCAGUUUGAAAACUGCUCGUGAAGCUUCUUAAUGUCCUGGUGAGAAGCUUUACAGCAGCCACCCACAAGGAAUUCUUUGAAGGGGCCCUUUGUGCUUGCAUCCUUCACGACUUGAGCUAGCUGGACUUCCCAAGAGCGC